UGGAGGGAUGUGUGGGGUGCAGGGGAUGCUCUAGGGGUUGCGCUCUGUGGAGGGCCAUGUGGUGUGCUUUGGGGUGCACGGAAAGCCCUGGAAGUUGUGAUGUAUAGAGGGGUAUAUGGAGUGCUUUGCAUUGCAUUGCAUUGUGGUGCAUGGGAUUCCCUAAGAGCUGUGCUACAUGGAGAGGUGUGCGGGAUACUCUUCGGUGCAGGGGAUGCCCUAGGGCUUCUGCUGUGCGGAGGGAUGUGUGGGGUGCCCUAGGUUGUGCUGGUGGCACUGGGUGCCCACAUGGCUGUGCUGUGUGGAGGGAUGUGGGGUGCUGGGAGGCUGUGCUGUAAGUGUGUGGAGUCCUCUGUGCUGCGCUGAGGUGCACUGAUGUGCUUGGGAUGUUCUAGGGGCUGUGCUGUAUGGAGAGAAUGGUGUUGGGUGGAUUAGAGGGGUAGUUCUGAGUUUUUAAUCCUAGUGAGAGAUUGGGACAUAAGAUAAGAGGGGCUGCAACUCAGGGCUAGGCUGUUGGGAUUGGGGGUGUGGGCUGUCCUAGGAGAAAGAAGCUGAUGCAAGUGGGGUGAGAGCUGGGUGUGCGAACUCUGCGGUGGAACUGAAGUGAGGGGCUGGGGCACAAAGGUCUAUGGUAGGGAUGUAGUGAGUGGGGUACAAGGUGAUGCAUGCAGUGAGGGGGUGGGAGGUGGUACGUGGGACAUUGGAUCAUCUGGGAUGUGCUCUGAGGAAGGGAUGGGGGGCUUUGUUGCAGGAAAAACUGAAAUACAUGUGUCUGCAGGAAAGGGUGCAGAGAGGUGGAUGAAGAAAUGCAGAGUAUGAGGUAUACUGGGGGGAAAUAAGUUGAUAUAUGAGGGGAUGGAUAUAUUGAUGGGAGAAUGUGAGGAGCUGGGGCUUGAGUGAUUGGAAGGAAGGGAUGUGGGAGUGGGAUUGUGGUAUGGGGAAACAUUGGGAGCCAGAAUAUGGGGUAGGAAGUGCUUUCAGCACGAGGGAGGUGGUGCACGUGGCUGUGGAGGGAAUUGUAGGGGUCCAGAGCUGGGAAGCGGUGUAGAUAGUUCAGGGGAGCAGGAAUCCAGGGAAGCUAAGCAUGUAGCAUCACUGGUAUAUGGGAUCGUUGUUCAAGAGGAGUUUGUGGGAUAUUUCGAGUGUGGGAGGGGAUCUUGUAUGUAGGGAUCGUGGGGAACAGCAGUAUCUGAUAAUGCAGGGGAAAUGUGUUUAUUUGGAAGUGUUUCUGCUAGGUAGAGAAGAGCCACUGUGCGUGUGUGUAUGAGAAGAGUCUGUGCCCUGGCCUCCUGCAAAGAGGUGUAUGGGAGGCUGUCAGUGGGAUGAGAGGCUAAAUCUGUAAAGAUACUGCAGGUUCACGAGGUUAAGGGUUGGGUGCCGGAGGGGAAUAACACAACACUGGAGACCCCAUUUGAGAAAUGAUGGGACACGUGGAUGCAUGCAAGCAGCAAGGAUCCACUUCUAGGAUGAGAGAGGUGAUAUUUUCUUGUGAGACGAGCAGUUUGCAACUCAUGGCCUCCACAAUGAGUACUGCCGUGUCGUGACGCCAGGGGUCUUGUGUGCCCUGGAGAUGCGAAACUUCCCCUGGGCAGCAGGAGGCACGUGUCUAGAGAAUGCUGGAGCUGCAGGAGGGAAGCACCCAGUGCAAAACCAGAGAGGAGCAAAGAGAAAAAAGGCAAGCAGACAGCCAGCAUUGAGAGAAGCGGGUGUCAGAAAGUGCUUCGACGCUGCCUCUGGCGGCACACUCCCCAGAGGAACUUGACAAGAGCCCAUCUGCGUGCGUGUGAGACUGUGAGCUCAGGAUUUCUGUCAAUGCAUUCCAGUAACCCCAAAGUGAGGAACUCCCCGUCAGGCAACACGCAGAGUAGCCCCAAAUCAAAGCAGGAGGUGAUGGUCCGUCCCCCUACAGUGAUGUCCCCGUCUGGCAACCCCCAGCUGGAUUCCAAAUUUUCCAACCAGGGCAAACAAGGGGGCUCCACCAGCCAAUCCCAGCCCUCUCCCUGCGACCCCAAAAGUGGAGGUCACCCCACCAAAGUGCUCCCUGGCCCAGGUGGGAGCAUGGGGCUGAAGAAUGGGGCUGGAAAUGGUGCCAAGGGGAAGGGGAAGAGAGAGAGGAGCAUUUCAGCAGACUCCUUUGAACAGAGGGAAGCUGGGACUCCUAAUGAUGACCCUGAAAUCAAAGACUGCAAUUCUGCUGAUCAUGUGAAGUCCCAGGAUUCUCAGCACACACCACACUCCAUGACUCCUUCAAAUGCUUCAGCCCCAAGGUCUUCCACACCUUCCCAUGGCCUGACUGCCACUUUGGAGCCAGCAAGUGGGCAGAAGACUCCAUCCAAAGUGGUUUAUGUCUUUUCUACUGAAAUGGCCAACAAGGCUGCAGAAGCUGUGCUGAAGGGACAGGUGGAAACCAUCGUGUCCUUUCAUAUCCAGAACAUCUCUAACAGCAAGGCGGAACGGAACACUGUACCCUUGAACCCUCAGAUCACUGCACUUCGGACUGAACCCAAGCCCCUGCCGCAGCCCCAGCCCCCUGCUGCCCAGGACCAGAACCCUCCCCAGAACGCCAAAAUGCAGCCGACUCCACCCGUGUCAGCGCCGGUAUCCAAAUCCACUGGCCCCCCGUGUCCCAUAGAUCAGGACAGUCCCAGCGUGGAAAGCAAAGUGAUGUCUGUGGGCAGCCCUGCCAACUCUACCCCGUUGCAGACAGAAGGCUUUGGGCAGAGUUCGACCCCCAAUAAUCGAGCGGUUAGCCCAGUUUCCCAAGGUAGCAACAGCUCUGCUGCAGACCCCAAAGGCCCUCCCCAGCAGGUGUCUGGUGGGGACCCAUCCAGUUUGGGGGAGAAUCCAGAUGGACUGUCACAGGAGCAGCUGGAGCAUCGAGAGCGCUCGUUGCAGACCCUGAGAGACAUACAGCGCAUGCUCUUCCCUGACGAGAAGGAGUUUGCGGGAGGGCAAAGUGGGGGACCACCCCCAAAUGCUGGGGUGCUGGAUGGUUCCCAAAAGAAACCUGAAGGGCCGAUACAGGCCAUGAUGGCUCAAUCCCAAAGUUUAGGCAAAGGGUCAGGGUCUCGGACAGAUGGAGGGGCUCCAUUUGGCCCUCAAGGACACAGGGACAUGCCUUUUUCCCCAGAAGAAAUGGGGCCACCACCAAUGAACUCCCAGUCAGGACCCAUAGGCCCAGACCACCUGGACCACAUGACUCCUGAGCAGGUGGCCUGGCUCAAGCUGCAGCAGGAGUUUUAUGAGGAGAAGAGAAGAAAGCAAGAGCAGGUGGUUGUGCAGCAGUGUUCCCUGCAGGACAUGAUGGUCCAUCAGCACGGGCCUCGUGGGGUGGUCCGAGGCCCUCCCCCUCCCUACCAGAUGACCUCUGGGGAGGGCUGGGGACCCGGGGGUCCAGAGCCCUUCCCUGAAGGCAUAAACAUGUCGCACCCUCUGCCCCCCAGGGGCAUGGCCCCUCAUCCCAACAUGCCUGGGAGCCAGAUGCGCCUGCCUGGUUUUGCGGGAAUGAUGAACCCUGACAUGGAGGGCCCUAGUGUCCCGAAUCCCACUUCCCGGCCUGGGCUUUCGGGAGUUAGCUGGCCAGAUGAUGUGCCAAAAAUCCCAGACGGUCGAAACUUCCCUCCUGGCCAGGGUGUCUUCAGUGGCCCUGGCCGAGGGGAACGGUUCCCCAAUCCACAGGGCCUGCCUGAAGAGCUCUAUCAGCAGCAGCUGGCUGAGAAACAGAUGGGCCUCCCUCCUGGCCUGAACAUGGAAGGCAUCAGGCCCGGCAUGGAGAUAAACAGAAUGAUGCCCUCCCAGAGACACAUGGAGCCUGGGAACAACCCCAUCUUCCCUCGCAUGCCGGUGGAAGGGCCGAUGAGCCCCUCCAGGGGGGACUUCCCAAAAGGAAUACCCCCACAAAUGGGCUCCAGCAGGGAGCUGGAGUUUGGGAUGGGCCCUGGCAGCAUGAAGGGGGACAUGGGCAUGAAUGUCAGCAUGGGCUCCAACCCACCCCUGGUCCCUCAGAAGCUGAGGGAGGCAGGAGUUGGGCCAGAAGAGAUGAUGAAACUGCGCCCCGGCGUCUCGGAGAUGCUCUCCUCUCAGCAGAAAAUGGUGCCGCUGCCAUUUGGGGAGCACCAGGAGUAUGGCAUGGGUCCCAGGCCUUUCCUUCCCAUGUCUCAGGGCCCAGGAGUUGGUCUCCGAAAUCUCAGAGAACAGAUCGGGCCUGACCAAAGGACUAACAACCGGCUCAGCCACAUGCCGCCACUACCUCUCAAUCCCACCAGUAACCCUAAUAGCCUCAACACUGCUCCCCCUGCGCAGCGCAGCCUCGGCCGCAAGCCCUUGGAUAUCUCUGCAGCCAGUCAGGUGCAUUCGCCAGGAAUCAACCCUCUGAAGUCCCCCACAAUGCGCCAGGUCCAGUCUCCCAUGAUGGGGUCUCCCUCGGGGAACCUCAAGUCCCCUCAGACGCCCUCCCAGCUGGCAGGAAUGCUUGCGGGUCCCACUGCUGCAGCUGCCGCUGCCUCCAUUAAGUCCCCUCCCGUUUUGGGGUCUGCUGCUGCUUCUCCUGUCCACCUCAAGUCUCCGUCUCUUCCCGCACCUUCUCCCGGAUGGACUUCGUCUCCAAAGCCUCCUUUGCAGAGCCCUGGAAUUCCCCCAAACCACAAGGCGUCUCUCACCAUGUCCUCUCCAGCCAUGCUGGGGAAUGUGGAGUCAGGUGGUCCACCUCCCUCUACAGUCAGCCAGUCUGCUCCUGUAACUCUCCCUGGAAAUCUUCCCUCUAGCAGUCCUUACACAAUGCCUCCAGAGCCGACCCUCUCCCAGAAUCCCCUCUCCAUUAUGAUGUCCAGGAUGUCCAAAUUUGCCAUGCCCAGCUCUACACCGCUCUAUCAUGAUGCCAUCAAAACUGUGGCCAGCUCGGAUGAUGACUCCCCUCCAGCACGCUCCCCAAACUUGCCACCUAUGAACAGCGUACCAGGAAUGGGCAUUAAUUCUCAGAAUCCUCGAAUUUCAGGUCCAAACCCAGUGGGUCCAAUGCCAACCCUUAGCCCAAUGGGAAUGACCCAGCCUCUUUCCCAUAACAACCAGAUGCCCUCUCCAAAUGCUAUGGGACCCAAUAUACCUCCUCAUGGGGUCCCCGUGGGACCUGGUCUGAUGUCACACAACCCGAUGAUGGGGCACGGUUCCCAGGAGUCUCCAAUGGUACCUCAAGGACGCCUGGGCUUCCCACAGGGGUUCCCUCCUGUGCAGUCCCCUCCACAGCAGGUGCCAUUUCCACACAACGGGCCCAGUGGUGGACAAGGCAACUUCCCAGCAGGAAUGGGCUUCCAUGGAGAAGGACCUCUGGGGCGUCCCACCAACCUGCCCCAAAGUUCAACAGAUCCAGCACUUUGCAAGACUGGAGGCCCUGGCGGUCCAGACUCCUUCACUGUUCUUGGAAACAAUAUGCCUUCGGUUUUCACUGAUCCAGAGCUGCAGGAGGUGAUCCGUCCUGGAGCCACGGGAAUACCCGAGUUUGACCUGUCCAGGAUUAUCCCAUCGGAGAAGCCUAGCCAGACACUACAGUAUUUCCCUCGUGGGGAGGUGCCAGGCCGCAAGCAGCCACAGGGUCCUGGGCCUGGGUUCUCCCACAUGCAGGGGAUGAUAGGAGAGCAGACCCCAAGGAUGGGACUAACGUUGCCUGGCAUGGGGGGCCCUGGGCCGGUGGGAACUCCGGAUAUCCCUCUCGGGACGGCUCCGUCCAUGCCAGGUCAUAACCCGAUGAGACCGCCUGCCUUCUUGCAGCAAGGCAUGAUGGGGCCACAUCACCGCAUGAUGUCACCAGCACAAACGGCGAUGCCUGGCCAGCCCGCGCUAAUGAGUAACCCCGUGGCCGCCGUGGGCAUGAUCCCAGGCAAGGACCGAGCUGCUGCAGGGCUGUACAGCCACCCGGGCCCUGUAGGAUCACCUGGUAUGAUGAUGUCAAUGCAGGGCAUGAUGGGACCCCAACAAAACAUCAUGAUUCCCCCCCAGAUGAGGCCCCGAGGUAUGGCUGCUGACGUUGGCAUGGGAGGAUUUAGCCAAGGCCCUGGAAACCCAGGGAACAUGAUGUUUUAAGCUGCUACCAUAAGACUGGAUGUUCUGAUCCUUGUCAAGAUGAGAUUCCAAGUCCUGAGGGCUUUUUUGGGAGCUUCAGGAGUACAGUUUGGCCAUGCAAUAGGUGAAAAGAGACCAGAGGACGCUUUGGGAAAUCUCGAAUGUAUGGAAUUACCUGAAAAAAAAAUUAUUCAUUUUAACAGGUUGUUUUUUUUUAAGAUUUAUUUUUUAAAAAUUAUUUUUGUGGACUUGGGUAUCCCGUGACGGCACCUGCUUUGAGAAUCUGUAGCUGUAUUUUGAGAAUUGCCAUUUGUCACAAGUUGCACCAUUCUCUGUAUGUUUACGUCCUUCGGACUGGCUUCUCCCAGGACUCUCGGUUAUUUUUGGGGUUUUUUGUGUACUGUACUAUAUUGUAAAAGGGAUUUUAGCAGAGACUUUAGUCUUUGGGGUGAGAGGAGAAUGGGAUUCUAGGCUGUUUACUUUAGGUGGAGAAUCCAUCUUCAGAACUUCGGACUAUUUUCCUUCAACUCCAAUGUAUAGAAAAACCAAACUACGACCUCAGAGCAGAGUAUUAAUGAAAAGCACAAAAAGGAACUUAAGUUCAGUGAGGGGAAUCUUUUAAAAGAAAUAAAUAAUAAGUUAAGGACAUAUUUUUCAAAUUAUGGUGUGCUGUCCAGCACCUUCUGUCUCUCCCUCCCACUCUUUAUUAAAUAGGCUUCUCUCUCUCUCUGUCCCCCUUCUGUCUCCUCCUAUGGCAGCUGCAAUACAUUGUGUUAUUUUGGGGAGUAAAUAUAGGAGAGCCUCUCCUCACGUGGGGACUCUUCCCACUUUUAGGAAGGGGCUGGACUUGGACACUGUUACAUCCUACAGUAGUCUCUCUCACUGUUUCCUAUUCUCCUUUUCUUAGAAACCCCAAGUGAUUUUAUUAAUGUGGGAGUGGAACAGACACUAAAAGUUAUCCAGGAUUUUUUUUGUGGUUUUUUUUUUUUCCUCCCCAGCGUAAAACGUUCUGUGUAACCUCCAUUAAAUUUGGUACAAAACCACUCGCCAGGGCUGUGGUGUCAGAAAAAU